UCACAAACGUAAUUAAGUAUAAACAAUUAUUCGUUCACAUUCCUAUUAAGUCCACACAAUUAAAUGCUACACUUGACCGUGCGACUGGUCAAUCAGUCGCCUCUCACAGAAAGCCUGUAUACCGUUGCUUAACCUAGUUUUGUUUUAAAAUAUUUUUUUGUUCUAGAUGCACGGCCGAACUUACAGUUUAUUUAGUGUUAUAAUUAACAAACACAUCACAUCUUAAAUCACUCUGCACAGCAUGAGUACGAACUCCUUAUCGUAUUAUACGUCAGUCUUAUUCUUCAAAUAGUUCCGAAUUACCGUUUUCCGCAUAUAUUAGUCAGGUCUUACCAUCAGAAAUUUAUAGAUAUACGGAACGCUAAUUACUAAAAUAAGUAGCGUUAGUUACCAAAAUACACACCGCCACGUAAUUAUCACCACCCAAUGCUGUAUGAAUAUGCUAAUUUGAAAACCAAAAAGUAUGGCUACAAUCCAUUCUUUUGGACCAAAUUUCUUAUGAGAUGCCCGUAUACCUGAACUAAAGGGGCGCGCGGGAUAUACACUUAGGGCAUGAGAAUUCCCCCCCCCCCUCCCCUUACCAAGCUUGGUGUCAUUUUGCUGCUGGUGCUCAAUAAACAUAGUCUGGUUUUCCGUUUUAUUUUAAAAUAAAUUGAUGCAUAAAAAUAAGUCCCGCUAUACCUGAUAUUUUGUUCAUAUCUGUUUGGGCACACGAGAUGUCGUACCUACGUUUUGUAGUAAGCGUUCUUGCAAUGAACUAUAUAUUUUUAUGUGCCGGACAAAAUUUAUUAGAGAGAAGGCGUGAAGUAAGCACUACAACAACACCUAUUCCCUUUCCGCCAUGUCGGGCCGAUGACAUCGACUGCCUGCGGCGUGGUUUGAGAACAUUCUUCAACCUCAUGGAUUCAGGUCAUUACGGAAUGACGCCCGUGGACCCGAUUUACAUAAACAGUGUCGCCAUCGCGUUACCCGAGCAGCAACUAUCCUUCUUAUUGAGGAAAGUCAUUGUUACCGGUAUCAGUUGGACCAAACUGGUCGAUAAAAGAUUCCAUGAAAACGGAAUUAAAAAUGGAGUACUCUUUAGUAGCGACUUGCAUGUAACCGGAGAUCUAGUCAUGGCGAAAGCGGAUAUAUACGAACCCUUAUUCGCACAUAUGACCAUGGACAUCCAGGGUGUUCAAACUAACAUAACGUAUUCGUGGGAUGUUGGAAAAAAAAAAGAUAACGAGUAUUACAUUUCGUUGGGACAAGAGCGUAUCGCAAUCAGAAACGGACGUCUACCAACUUUCUUCCUUCAGCCAAGGGCAUCAGCAGAUACAAAAAUCAUAGAUAAAACGUUGCAAUUAAAGACUUCAAUUGUAGACCACUUUUCGGAAGAAAUAACUGCAGCAGCAAUGCGGAUUGUGAUGGACAAUAUCCGACUAUUUGCUCAUACAGUACCAGUGAAAUACUAUUACAAACUCUUUUAAAA